CUUGUGGUGUUUAGUUUGUGGAUAUUUGUCGUUUGGUGUCACGGUAAAACGUGAAGUGUGCGAGCGUCGAAGUCGAGCGGCACCAACCGCUAGAUUCCCUAAUUUCCCACACUCGUUGAACGCGGCGCCAGGAACCAGACUGCCUUACAUUGUUAACGCCGCUUUCUCCCGUGUGGUUCAAUCCAGCAUUUUGUGUCUUCCGUGAGCCCAAAACCUGGCUCCACAGCAGGCUCUCCUCCUCUCACGGCUUUAAAAAAAAUCCCGCAUGAAAUCUACGGAUACGUUUUGACAGCGGGGGACACACACCGGACACACACACACCGUCAACACUCCCUAACAUGAGGAGGAUUGUUGGCUGUAACCCUGCCCAGACCGGAGGCUCCUGGUAGGGGAUGGUGCCGCUGUGAAGAGCCGGUGGUGCCUGUGUCGGAGGAGGAGGAGGUGGUGGAGGAGGACAGAAGGAAAGAAGGGAGGAAGUGCCUGGACAACAUGACUGUUUUCAACCAGGAAAAUGUUGAGGAAUUUUAUGAAAUUGGAGACGAGCUCGGGAGCGGUCAGUUUGCUGUGGUCCGAAGAUGUCGGCACAGGAGCACGGGCGUGGAGUAUGCCGCCAAAUUCAUCAAGAAGCGGCGCAGUAAAUCGAGUCGACGGGGGGUGACGAGGGAGGACAUCGAGCGCGAGGUCAGCAUCCUGAAGGAGAUCCAGCACCCGAACAUCAUCACGCUGCACGAAGUCUUUGAAAACAAGGCAGAGGUCAUCCUGAUCCUGGAGCUUGUGGCCGGCGGUGAACUCUUUGACUUCCUGGCAGAGAAGGAGUCGCUGAGCGAGGAGGAGGCCACUCAGUUCCUGAAGCAGAUCCUGGAUGGAGUCUUUUACCUGCACUCCAAACAAAUUGCUCACUUUGACCUGAAGCCAGAGAACAUCAUGCUGCUGAACCGCUCUGUGCCUCACCCGCGCAUCAAGAUCAUUGACUUCGGCCUGGCCCACAAGAUAGACUUUGGCAAUGAUUUUAAAAACAUCUUUGGAACUCCAGAAUUCGUAGCUCCAGAGGUAGUCAACUAUGAACCUUUGGGCCUGGAGGCAGACAUGUGGAGUGUUGGUGUGAUAACCUACAUUCUUUUGAGCGGUGCGUCUCCUUUCCUGGGCGACAACAAGCAGGAGACGUUGGCCAACGUGUCGGCCGUCGACUACACGUUUGAUGAGGAGUUCUUCAGCAACACCAGUGUCCUGGCCAAAGACUUCAUAGCAAAGCUCCUCAUCAAAGACCCCAAAAAGAGAAUGACGAUCCAGGACAGCCUCCAGCACCCCUGGAUCAAGCCAAAAGACACUCAACAAGCGCUGAGCAGAAAGGAGUCGGCUGUCAACAUGGAGAAGUUCAAGAAGUUUGCAGCUCGGAGAAAAUGGAAACAAUCCGUCCGACUCAUCUCCUUAUGCAACCGUCUGUCUCGCUCCUUCCUGUCCAGAAGCAACAUAAGCGUGGCGCGCAGCGACGACACGCUGGACGAGGAAGACUCCUUUGUGAUGAAGGCCAUCAUCCACGCCAUAAACGACGACAACGUGCCCGGUCUGCAGCAUCUGCUCGGCUCCCUGAACAGUUACGACGUCAACCAGCCCAACAAGCACGGUACUCCUCCCCUCCUGAUCGCAGCCGGCUGUGGCAACAUCCAGAUCAUCGAGGUGCUGAUGAGAAAAGGUGCAGAGAUCCAGGCUCACGACAAGAGUGGAGCCAACGCUAUCUACUACGCAGCGAGACACGGCCACGUGGAGACCCUGAAAUUCCUCCAUGAAAAGAAAUGCCCUCUGGAUGUCCAAGAUAAGUCUGGGGAGACUGCUCUUCAUGUGGCGGCUCGCUACGGCAACGUGGAUGUCGUCAGCUACCUGUGCAGCAUCCGGGCCAACCCAGACCUGGCUGACAGGGAGCAGGAAACCCCGCUGCAUUGCGCUGCCUGGCACGGGUACUCGGCGGUAGCCCGGGCACUCUGCCAGACGGGCUGCCAUGUGGAUGCGAAGAACCGUGAGGGCGAGAGUCCGCUGCUGACAGCAUCUGCUCGAGGCUUUGUGGACAUCGUGGAGUGCCUGGUGGAGCACAGGGCCGAUCUAGAGGCGACAGACAAGGACGGCCACACAGCCCUCCACCUGGCCGUACGGAGGUGUCAGGUCGAAGUCGUCCGCUGCCUCCUCAGACACCACUGCCACCUGGACCAGCAGGAUCGCCACGGUAACACGCCGCUGCACAUCGCGUGCAAGGAUGGGAACCUGCCUAUCGUCAUGGCGAUCUGCAGCGCCAAGGCCAACCUCGACCUCCCCAACAAGUAUGGCAGAACUCCACUGCACCUGGCUGCCAACAACGGGAGCCUCGAGGUGGUUCGUCACCUCUGCCUGGCCGGAGCCAACAUCGACGCCGUCACCAACGAUGGAAAGACAGCGGAGGAUUUGGCUUCUACUGAUCAGCAUGAACACAUAGUUUCAUUAUUGGGCAAGCUUAAAAAGGACAACCACAAACUGAACUAUAUCCAGCAGCUGCGGCCCACUCAGACCGUCCAGCCCAGGAUCAAGCUGAAGCUGUUCGGACACUCCGGAGCCGGGAAGAGCACCCUGCUGGAGUCCCUGAAAUGCGGCAUCCUGCGCAGCUUCUUCAGGAGGAGGAGGACACGCAUGACCAACGCCGCCCGCCACCCCAACUCCCCCAUCAACUCCAAACCCGCCGUGUCAGUGAGCAUUUCCAACCUGUACCCGGGCUGUGAGAACGUGAGCGUUCGGAGUCGCAGCAUGAUGUUCGAGCCCAGCCUCACCAAAGGCGUCCUGGAGGUCUUCUCCCCCGUCCACAACGCUCUGUCCGCUGCUGACGAACAGGCCACGAAGGCUAUCGACAUCCAGCACGCCAACAUCCACGGUGUGGGGGAUUUCAGCGUGUGGGAGUUUUCAGGGAACCCGGUCUACUACUGCUCCUACGACUACUUUGCAGCCAACGAUGUCACGGCGAUCCACCUGGUCCUGUUCAGCCUGGAGGAGCCGUACGAGACCCAGCUGGGCCACAUCACCUACUGGCUGAACCUGCUGAAAGCCCUCACCCUGCCCCAGGACAACAUCGCUUUCGGAGGUCGGAUCCAGCAGCCUCUUGUGGUCGUCCUGGUGGCGACGCACGCCGACCUCGCCGACGUCCCCAGAGCUUUCUCUGGAGAGUUCAGCUACGACAAGGAGAGACCACUUCUCAAGGAAGUCAGGAACAGGUUUGGGAACGACCUGCAGGUCAGUGACAAGCUGUUUGUGAUGGACGCCGGAGCCUCCAACUCCAAAGACAUGAAGCUGCUGAGGAGUCACCUGCAGGAGCUUCGCGCCAACAUCAUCUCUAGGUGUAGUCCCAUGACGCUGUUGUCGGAGCGUUUGCUGACCACUCUGCCGUCCUGGAGGAAGCUGAGCGGACCAAACCAGCUGACGUCAUGGCAGCAGUUUGUCAGCGACGUCCAGGAGCACAUCAACCCUCUGGUCAGCCAGGAUCACCUCCGCACGCUGGCCCUGCAGCUGCACAGCAUGGGAGAGAUCAACAUCAUGCAGAGUGAGACGGUUCAGGAUGUCGUUCUGCUGGAGCCUCGCUGGCUCUGCAGCAGCGUCCUCGGCAAGCUGCUCUCCGUGGAGACGCCCAAGGCCAUCCACCACUACAGGGGGCGCUACAGGCUGGAGGAGGUGCAGGCGCUGGCUCCCGAGAGCGACGUGGACGAGCUGCUGCAGAUUCUGGACGCCAUGGACGUCUGCGCCCGCGACGUCACCAACCCUUCCAUGGUGGACGUCCCCGCGCUCAUCAAGACGAACGGCCUCCACCGCUCCUGGACCGAAGAAGAGGAGGAGGAGUCGCUGAUCUACGGCGGGGUACGACUCGUCCCCGCCGAGCACCUUACCCCGUUCCCCUGCGGCCUGUUUCACAAACUGCAGGUGAACCUGUGUCGCUGGAGCCACCAGCAGAAGCCCGAGGAGGAGAGCGGGGAGGAUAUCGACGGAGAUAUCCACCUGUGGACGAACGGCGCCAAGGUGAGCCAGGCGGGAGUGGAGGCCAUGAUCCUGCUGGUCAACCACGGCCAGGGGUUGGAGAUUCAGGUGCGAGGACACGACUCAGAGCGGGCCAAGUGCUACACCCUGUUGGACACCAUCUGCAGUAUAACGGAGAACCUGCUGGCCUCCACGCUCCCCGGACUGCUCACCGCCAAAUACUACCUGAGUCCCCAGCAGCUGCGGGAACACCACGCCCCCAUCAUGAUCUACCAACCCAAAGAUUUCUUCCGGGCCCAAGUCCAACGGGAAACUUCUCUCACCAACACCAUGGGCGGCUACCGGGAGAGCUUCAGUAGCAUCCUGUCGUUCGGCUGCGCUGAGGUUUACCAGCAGGGGAUUCUGGGAACGGACAUCCACAUAUCGGACGUGCCCCUGCUGGCUCGCAGGAAGCUCUGCCGCAUGCUGGACCCUCCCGACGCUCUGGGGAAAGACUGGUGCCUGCUGGCCAUGAACCUCGGCCUCACGGACUUGGUGGCCAAGCACAGCAACGGGACUCCAAACGGCACCCCCGAGCUGGACUCCUCAAACCCGGACUCCCAGCAGGGGGCGGCGCUGCUGCUGCAGCCCAGCCCGACGGCAGCUCUGCUGCAGGAGUGGAGCGGGCGACCGGACAGCACGGUCGGCGUGCUCAUGGCCAAACUGAGGGAGCUCGGCCGCCGAGACGCCGCCGACUUCCUGCUCAAAGCUUCGCCCGUCUUCAGGGUCAACAUGGAGGCGGUGGGAGGGGCCACCAACGGCUACCCGCCCACCUGCAACGGAGGCACGUCCUACAACUCCAUCAGCUCCGUCAUAUCCCGCUGAACCGAACGGGGUCGGAUCGUCGGUGUGAAGUUGACAGACUCGAACAAGUGCAAUCGUUACCGGAGAGUCCAGCUGCUCGCUCUUCAAUCACUCCAUUAUUAAGUCGCGAACACGCGAGCCAGAUGUUGUGUCUGUGCUCUCCACACCUGUACAGCUGACCUUUUUCCUUCCCACUAUGAAUGUUGUGAAAGAACUGAACAUCCUGAGCUCCAAAGAGGAAUCCCGCGCUUUUAUUUUCUUCUUAAUCUCGUUGUGCUGCUGUUUUUUAAGAGCCCUCCUGCUCCUACUUGUACGCCCCAAGUCUCACUCCUCUCACAGUCGGAAAGUUAGGAAACAUGACGGAGUGGACGUGGUUUAAAAAGACGGCAGUCUCAUGAAUGGACCUUUUUCAUAUCCACCUUGUACAUGAAGAAGGCUGCCAUUUUUACCCACUCCAUCCACCACAGUAACAGAUAAUAAUAACAAUAAUAUCUCCCUCUUUGCUUCUGUUUUACUGAUGUAACAUUUGGCCGUUCAGCUUAGCGUUUAACUAAUUAACAGCAUUUUUCAGAGAGUGCCUUUGUGGCCUUCUACCUCCCUAAAGAGCACAAAUAGUCUUGUUAUAAAAACAAUAGUUCUUUCCAAACAUUUAAAGAACUGUGCCUUGUCGAUGCUAAUAGUAAAAAUUAAUUUCAAUCAAGCAAGCAAGAAGCUCGGCUCAUUCUGCAAAGUUUUGAGAUUUGAAUUUCACUGGAAAAGAACAAAACAAACAUGCGACUGUUUAAUAUUUGGGAGUCGUCUCGUUUUAAAUUCAGUGUGGAGUCGAUGUGACGCUCUGUGGAAACUGUAGGGUCAAAGGGAAACUAUUUCAUUCAUGUUUAAUCAGUGUGUCUGUGGGUUUUUACAGAUAACCUUCUCAAAGUAUUAUCCCUUCAUUCAUCCAUCCAACAACACCAAUGUUUCGUUUAUUAAUUCUGUAACGCUUCAUUUUACACGUCUGUUGUUUCCUAAUAAUUUCUUGAAAGUUUCCUGGAAAGAACCUUGUAGCUUGGUGCUAAUUACGGCGUUAAUUGCUCCAUUUAAACCUCAGUGAAUAUUUAUUACUCAUUCAAUUGUUAUUGGAAACUUUAUUCUUCAUUUACAGUUAUUUUCUUUGUAGACUUGCCAGCUUAGUAUUUAGUGAUAACUGGAAAUGCACCUACUGAUUUCUAUUUGACAGUAAAAUGAUUAAUUAAGGGGCUUAUAAAAUAAAGUAUUACCAUUAUUUUUUGGGUAAAUCUUUAUUUUAUAAGUCCAGAAUUUCCUAAUAAUUUUCAGGGAGUUUUUCUCGGCUUGUUAGUAUUUUGACUUGAACUUCGGUUAUUUACAAAGCAACUAAUUCUUUAUCUCUGUAGCGUCUCUUUGUCAAACAUCAUAAUUUCUGACAUGCAGAGUGUAGCUAGCUUACAUUUUGUGCGAGAAUAUGUCUUUUUAAAUAGAAUUAUUCUCUCUUUCUUCAAAUUAUAAUCACAAGUUUAACAAAUUUAGGCAGAUCAGAGUAUUACUGUCGCAUUUCAGAGAUUUCUGAACCAAAAACACUGCUAUGAACAGCAAUAUAAAUUUACAUUUUGGGUCUUGGUCGUAACUUUCAUACUCUCAGACACAAGUGAAAGAGGUUUGUUAUGUUUGUUAUGUAAAGAAAAAACCUUGUUCUUAUUUGAGUUUAUUUGAAGCGUAGCGACUGAACUCUGUCCAUAUUUUCCCACCAAAACACAUCGUCCUUUCCAGGAACCUCCAUAAACAUGUUACGCUUACAUAUCAACUCCUUUUCUAAAAGACUGUUAGGAAACUGUAAAAUGAAAUGUUACUCUAAAUGUUUUACACAAAGGGAACUGUAGCCAUUUUUACAGAGAGAGGAGAGUUUUUUCCUGAAGUACAGUGUCUUAUCGAAGGCGUUGAUCCUUCCAGAACCUACAUUUAUUGGCUGUAGUGGGUCACACAGCGUUAAUGUUAAAAAUCGUCAUGGCUGACAGGGUGAAGCUCAGCGCUGAUGGGUCAGAGUCCCAAACCGUGUGCUCAGACUAUUUGAUUCUGAAAAGAAAGUGCCACCAAGAUGUUAAAAACAAACCUAAAGAAAGGUGAAUUUUGUAAUUUGGUUGAUUUCUAACCUUUUCUACCAGGCUAAGAGGAAAUGUAUUGUACCUAGAGCCAUCAAACACACCUGACACUGCACCUUUUCAACGCUUCAAAGUCAGCAAUCAAGUUACCGUCCGCGGCGUCGAGAGUUUCGCUCGGAGGCGUCGACGCUGUUUCUGUCUCAGCUUCUCUGAGUAUCGCUGUCAGUGUUGGUCGACCGUGCGUGGCUUCACAUCUUCCUUUCAGUUUUGUCUUUUUUAUAACACGAAGCUGGAGCCUGGCUCGGUCAGCAAAAGCAGGGGAGGAAGAAUAAAACAAAAAGAAGAAGAAGGAGGAGGAGGAGGCAUGAAGUUAGUAUUUUUCGCUGAAAAAGGCCAAAGGCUGCUGAUGACAGAAAUGUCCUAAGAAAAGCAUUUUCACCUUGUGUAAGCUUGUGUUUUAUAAAGUUUAUGACCUGACGUGGACCUGAAAAUUCAGCAUGUAUGUGUUGAUGUUUGGAAAAGAGUCUUUCAUUCCUUAAAAGUUAAACUUUGUGGAUGUGAAGGAGGCGAUUUUCAGGACACUGUCUGAUAGAAAGAGAUGAGCUCUGUGCCAGUAUUUCCUGUCUGCUUUACUUUACUUCCUCCAGUGUUACCAUCUGUUCACAGAGAUAAAAACAAGACUUUAAAAGACUAUUUAAUACUUCUCUCACUAUUUUUGUCUCAGCCUGAACUUGCCAAUUGACACAGCAGGCUUCCAGCUGUGGUGUAAAUACUUCGAGGCCCGUUUCCUCGACUUCAUCCUCUCUGUCUUUUUUGCCCAAAUAUGUUGAUUACAACCAGGCAAAAUGAAUGUACCACACAUUUUUUCCUAAGAAGUAAAAACAAUAACGAUAAAACUCCAACAUGUGUACAAAAACAUGAUGAAAUGAAAUGUCCCAAACUGAUAAUAAACUUUUUUUUCUUGUGUUA